AUGGCAACCAAAGAAGAAAAAAUUCAACAAGAAUUAAACGAUGCAAAAAGAUAUUACGAGGAUGCAAAAAAGAAGUUAGAAAAGUUAGAAGGGUUAAAUGGGGAUUUGAGGAAGUUGAAGAAUGCAAUCAAACGUAAGGCCAUUGAAGUUGAUGAAAUUGAUCAAGUGGAUUACUUUAAGCGACUCAAGGGUGCAUCUCCUCCAUCUGCUUAUGCCGGAAGAGGAGAUUGUGGAUGGCCAUCUGGACAAUGUGACUGUCAAACAGCUGUUCCCACAGAUGAAGUUUAUAAAUUCGUCUUAGAACUUACAGAAGAAAUGUCGGACCCAUUUCCUAAUGAGGAUGCACGAACAAGUGCUUUUCAUCAUUUGUUAGAAACAAUUGGCAUAAAACUUAACAAAAUUAUUAUCACAGGUUGUACAACAGAUGGUUCUGUGUUGACUAAAGAUGGAAGUAUGUUGAUGAUCAAUCUUGAAGUGAAACCAGAACUAGGAGAAGGAAAUGGUUGUCCGUAUAUUCAAGGUAUUACUUUUUAUGGAAAGAAAGUAGCUGAUUAUCUUGAAGGAAAAGAAGCAUUGCGUUUACCAUGUUUUGUUUUGUACUUGGCAGGGCCCUUCCUUGGGAUUGCUGGCAUCAUUCAUACUAAGAACAAAAUUGUGACAGACCCUUUAGUUGGACCUUUACUAUUGAUGUUCCUCCAAUAUGAUAGAGAACAGAUGACACAAAUUGCACGAAUGUUUACUGCUCUUAAAUCAGCUUACUACACACUUUGUAAAUAUUAUGAUGAGAAUCUUGAAACAGGUCCACAAUCACUUUGGCCAUACUGUCAUUCAUUUUAUUAUCAAACAAAAAAAGUAGAAUUUGAGUAUAUUCAGCAACUAGAAAGUACCAAACUGUUGUUUAUUGUAAAAACAAAGCAAAGCGAUGAUAAUACUGACCUUUCUCAAAGAUUGCUUGUUAAAUUUACAGAAAUAUAUGGGACAUCAGAAUUGGUUACGAAAAAGACUACAGAGAUUGUUAAACAUAUACAUAAUGGUGGAUAUGUCCAUGGGGACUUGAGAAAAGAAAAUAUUCUUUAUCAGGAAGGAAAAGAUAGAUUAGUGAAUCUUGCAUUGGUGGAUUUUGAUUGGGCAGAUCAUAUUGGAAAAGCUGUGUAUCCUCCCUUUUUGAACACUAAAGGCAUAACCAGAUAUCAUGAAGCUGGAUCUGGUAAACUUAUUGAAUCAGAACAUGAUAUAUUUAUGUUAAAUACUAUCAAGAACCAUUAA